UGAUUAACCAUGGUUGGUACAGGGGGCCCCGUGGCCUCUUUCUCUGUCUGGGACUAUGUGGUGUUUGCAGGGACGGUCGUGGGAGCGGCGGGGAUCGGCCUCUUCCAAGCCAUCCGCGGCCGAAAGGAGACCACCAGCAAUGACUUCUUACUGGGCGGGCGUCAAAUGACGGCCGUGCCCGUCGCGAUGUCGCUCACCGCCAGCUUCAUGUCUGGCAUCACCGUCAUCGGCACGCCGGCUGAGGCUUACCGGUUCGGAGCUGCUUUCUGGCUCUUUGGGAUUUCUUACGCCAUCAUGUCCACCAUCACCGCUGAGAUCUUUGUCCCCGUCUUCUACCGGCUGGGAAUCACCAGCACCUAUGAGUACCUGGAGAUGCGAUUCAACAAGAGCAUUCGGAUUAUCGGGACAACCAUGUAUAUCGUACAGACGGCCCUUUACACUGGCAUGGUCAUCUACGCUCCAGCCCUGGCUCUCAACCAAAUCACUGGGCUUGAUCUAUGGGGAGUGCUGGUGGCCACAGGAGUCGUCUGUAUCUUCUACUGCACUUUGGGCGGGCUGAAGGCGGUCAUCUGGACAGAUGUGCUGCAGAUGGUGAUCAUGCUGGCAGGUUUUGUUGCAGUCAUCGUGAGAGGAGCCGUGAUAGCAGGAGGCCUGGGAAAGAUUUGGGAGGAUUCCAGAGAGGGAGGCCGGCUGGAUGCAUUCGACUUUGACCCAGAUCCUCUGAGGCGUCACACAUUCUGGACCAUUGUGGUUGGUGGCAGCAUGAUGUGGGUGUCUAUCUACUCCAUCAACCAGUCCCAGGUUCAGCGUUACAUCUCCUGCAAAAGCAUCACGCAUGCCAAAAUGUCGCUGUAUGUGAACAUGGUUGGCCUGUGGUUAACCGUGAGUCUGGCCGUGUUUUCUGGCCUCACCAUGUACUCCAUUUACAAGCACUGCGACCCGCUCACUAACGGAGACGUGAACGCCACUGACCAGCUUCUUCCCUACCUCGUGAUGGAUAUUCUGGCGGGUUAUCCUGGAGUCCCUGGCUUAUUUGUGGCUGCCACGUACAGUGGCACACUAAGUACCGUGUCGUCCAGCAUCAACGCCCUGGUGGCCGUCACCAUGGAGGACUUCAUUCGCCCUGUUUGGAAGAAUCUCACCGACAAACAGGUGCUCUGGCUCAACAUGGGCCUGAGUGUUGUCUUUGGUUUCCUGUGUAUCGGGAUGGCAGGCGUCGCCUCUAUGAUGGGGAGCAUUUUGCAAGCUGCUCUCUCCGUGUUUGGCAUGAUCAGCGGGCCUCUGCUUGGUCUUUACCUGCUGGGCAUGUUUUUCCGCUCCUCAAACUCCACAGGAGGGCUUACGGGACUGAUCUUGGGCCUUGUGUUGACGCUGUGGGUGGGCAUCGGAUCCCAGUUUUACCCGCCCACCGCUGAGAAAACCCUUCCCCUCCAGCUCAACAUUACAGGUUGUGACAACACAGGUAGCCAGAACUACACCACCGUGUCUCCAUGGACCACGGCCACGACACCGCUAACAACUCAGCAUGUUGAAAGGCCUGCCCUGGCGGACUCCUGGUACUCCCUGUCCUACCUUUACUUCUGCCCACUGGGCACGCUGAGCACAGUGCUUAUCGGCCUGCUCGUUAGCAUGAUCACUGGCGGCUGUAAGCAGAGGGACCUGAACUCUGAUCUGUUCGUGAGGACGAAUGACCUGAUUUGCUUUUCCCGCUGUCCCAGCUCGCAGGACAAGAAGCUGAUCGACGAGGCCGGGUCAGACGCGAAGAUCGACUACUACGACUUUAAAAUCACGGACUCUCAGGUUGGCGUCAUGGAUAAAAGUGUGGAGAAAGCCACGAGAUUUUAACGCCACAGAGUCGAGUCCCUGUAAGAGACAAAGUCUUAAUGGAGACGCGUUUUGUCAUUUUGACUUUCACGUCUGGAUCCAAAGCUUUUCCAUAGACUGCCUGGAGAGGAGCGAGCGCCUGCGUGAUGAAGACGGGGACAGACGCUGCUCAUUAGGAAGACAUUUUAAAUGAGACAGACCUAUAGAUGACGAUCAGCCACGGCUACGGCGUCGCAGAGGGAAAACUAGCUGUGAAUAAGACAUGGGCUCGAUUCAACAUAUAUGUUGAUGCAAAUGUGAAAUGUAUUUAAUACAGUUGUGUUGGAACAUGUUGCCGAAAGUGAUUUUUACCGCGUAUUCCUUGUUUUACCUGACUAUCAAAUGCGAUUCUUUUCUUUUUUCCUUUUUACAUCUCUCUCCGUUAGUAGAAAAUUGCAGAAUGACUUCAAACGAUUUGUAAAUGGAGAAGAAAUGGACGCCCGUCACGCUGCUCGCUGUUAAAAGGGACCUUUAAUUUACUUGGAAAUUGAGAAUAAUGUGAAGGUUCGCCUUGUUCGGCCUCCACAAAUGGUUCUGUAUUUAAUAUUGUAAUUUACUUUUAUAUGUUGUAACACGUCAGAGGUGGUGUGUGUGUGUGUGGGGGGGGGUAUCAUUCCUGUUUUUUCCCUGCAUUUGGUUUAUGGAGAAAAAAAAAGACUGCACUAACUGUACAUAAAUACACUAUCAAUAAAUCCUCUGUUA